AUGGAACGUUAUCAAAAACUUGAAAAAAUUGGUGAAGGCACUUACGGCAUCGUCUACAAGGCACAGGACACCGCUGGCGGAAUUUACGCUCUCAAGAAAAUCCGAUUGGAACAGGAAGAUGAAGGAAUCCCGUCGACAGCGAUUCGUGAAAUUUCCCUUUUGAAAGAAUUACAACAUCCAAAUAUUGUGAAGCUUUGCGAUGUUAUUCACACCGAGCGCCGUCUGACGUUAGUGUUCGAGUUUUUAGAUCAAGACUUGAAGAAACUUCUGGAUGGUUGUGAAGGCGGUUUGGAUCCAGUAACGACGAAAUCAUUCCUCUAUCAACUUCUUCAUGGUGUCGCGUAUUGCCACCAGCAUCGAGUUCUCCAUCGUGACCUCAAACCCCAGAAUCUUCUCAUUAAUCGGGGCUAUUUGAAACUCGGUGACUUCGGUCUUGCGCGGGCGUUCGGAAUUCCUGUUCGGUCGUAUACGCACGAAGUAGUCACUUUGUGGUAUCGCGCACCAGAUGUAUUGAUGGGCUCGAAGAAGUACUCUACUCCUGUCGAUGUCUGGAGUGUUGGAUGUAUAUUCGCAGAAAUGUCAAACGGACGCCCGCUCUUUCCCGGUUUGUCUGACGAAGACCAAUUAUUGCGUAUUUUCAAGCUGCUUGGAACGCCAGAUCCUGCUUCUUGGCCCCAACUGGUUGAGCUGCCGGAGUAUAAAGCAGACUUUCCUGUUUACGAACCUCAAGCUUGGACGAACAUCGUUCCCAAUCUUGAACCAGAGGGAGUCGAUCUGCUUUCCAAAAUGCUGCGUUUCGACCCAUCACAACGAAUUUCGGCACGUCAGGCGAUGGAACAUCCCUAUUUUCAGUGA